AUGGAUGAAGAAGAAGAGAUGGGUUUGAGUUUAUGGAUGUUGACAUGUGAUUAUUCAGUCCCUCCGAAUCGGUACAAUGAUAAGUCGAAAGGUGGCACCCAGACACACAUCUUUCACCUUUCGAUUGGUGAAUGUGCUGUGACGCUGGAAGAUGUGGCUAUAAUUCUUGAUCUUCCGAUGGACGGUCUUUCAGUCACAGGAAUGACUAUGAGUAGUUUUGAUGCCUUAGAGGAGGAGUGUUUGUAUCAAUUUGGGGUUGCAUUGAGAAAGUCGGACUGUAGAGGAAGUUGCAUAAAACUGACGUGGAUUCGGGAUCUAAAAGAACGUCUACAGUUGACUGAUGAAAAUAGUAUACAGAGAUACGUGAAGUGCCACAUUAUGUUGUUGAUCGGUACGAUCUUGUUUGGAGACAAGUCUGGGACAUUUGUGCAUUGGAAGUUUCUAUCUUUGCUUCGUGAUUUUGGCAGUAUCAGACAGUAUAGUUAG